GGAAGUGGAGCGGGCUGCGAACCCACGUGGGUCCUGCGUGUGUUUCUAGGUCCUUGGAACCCGGUCCUUUAAACUCACCCCCGGCUUAGUAGACAUGGGUCGUUCGGGGAAGUUGCCCUCCGGGGUCUCGGCCAAGUUGAAACGCUGGAAGAAAGGCCACAGCAGCGACAGCAACCCGGCCAUCUCCCGCCACCGCCAGGCUGCCCGCAGCCGCUUCUUCAGCCGGCCCUCAGGAAAGAGCGACUUGACAGUUGAUGCGGUAAAGUUGCAUAAUGAACUGCAGUCAGGAUCCCUGCUUCUGGGUAAAAGCGAAGCCCCUGAGACUGCCAUGGAAGAGGAAGAGGUGGCUCCAGCUCUCACCGAGAAGUCCUCGGGCACCUUCCUGAGCGGCCUCUCCGACUGCACAAACGUCACCUUCAGCAAAGUGCAGCGCUUCUGGGAGUCCAGCUCGGCUGCCCACAAGGAGAUCUGUGCUGUCUUGGCUGCUGUCACCGAGGUGAUACGCUCCCAGGGUGGGAAGGAGACAGAGACUGAGUACUUUGCUGCCCUGAUGACAACAAUGGAAGCGGUGGAGUCCGCGGAGUCUCUGGCCGCUGUUGCUUACCUGCUGAACCUCGUCCUGAAGCGCGUGCCCAGCCCUGUGCUCAUUAAGAAGUUCUCUGAUACCUCCAAAGCCUUCAUGGAUAUCAUGUCAGCCCAGGCCAGCAGUGGCUCCACCUCUGCCCUCCGAUGGGUCCUCUCCUGCCUGGCCACCCUUCUGCGGAAGCAGGACCUGGAGGCCUGGAGCUACCCCGUGACCCUGCAGGUGUACCAUGGGCUGCUGAGCUUCACUGUGCACACCAAGCCCAAGAUCCGGAAGGCUGCCCAGCAUGGAGUGUGCUCCGUCCUCAAGGGCAGUGAAUUCAUGUUUGGUGAAAAGGCCCCUGCCCAUCACCCUGCUUCCAUGUCCACCGCCAAGUUCUGCAUCCAGGAGAUCGAGAAGUCUGGAGGCUCCAAGGAGGCCACCACCACGCUGCACAUGCUGACCCUGCUGAAGGACCUGCUGCCCUGCUUCCCGGAUGGCCUGGUGAAGAGCUGCAGUGAGACUCUCCUCCGGGUCAUGACCUUGAGCCACGUGCUGGUGACAGCCUGUGCCAUGCAGGCCUUUCACAGCCUCUUCCAUGCCAAGCCCAGCCCGGGUACCCUGCCAGCAGAGCUCAACGCCCAGAUCAUCACGGCCUUGUAUGACUACGUUCCCAGCGAGAAUGACUUACAACCCCUGCUGGCCUGGCUGAAAGUCAUGGAGAAAGCCCACAUCAACCUGGUUAGGCGGCAUCGGGACCUGGGGCUGGGCCACCUCCCUCGCUUUUUUGGAACUGCAACGACCUGCCUCCUCUCCCCCCACUCGCAGGUGGUGACAGCUGCCACCCAGUGCCUUCAGGAGAUCCUGAAGGAGUGUGUCGCUCCCCACAUGGCUGACAUCGGCUCCGUGACCUCCUCGGCCUCAGGCCCUGCCCAGUAUGUCGCCAAGAUGUUCAGGGCAGUGGAGGAGGGCCUGACGUACAGAUUCCACGCAUCAUGGAGCUCCGUGCUGCAGCUGCUGUGUGUCUUCUUCGAGGCGUGUGGGAGACAGGCCCAUCCUGUGAUGAGGAAGUGCCUCCAGUCCCUGUGUGACCUGCGCCUCUCCCCCUACUCCCCCCACGCGGCAGCUGUGGACCGCGCAGUGGGCGCUGCCGUGGCCAGCAUGGGCCCCGAGGUGGUUUUAGAGGCUGUGCCUUUGGAAAUUGAUGGCUCUGAGGAGACUCUGGAUUUCCCCCGGAGCUGGUUGCUGCCCGUCGUCCGAGACCACGUCCGGGAAACUCGACUUGGUUUCUUCACCGCUUACUUCCUACCUCUGGCUACCACCCUGAAGAGGAAAGCAAUGGACCUGGCCCAGGCAGGCAGCACAGUGGAGUCCAAGAUCUACGACACGCUCCAGUGGCAGAUCUGGACCCUCCUGCCUGGGUUCUGCACGAGGCCCACGGACGUGGCCACCGCCUUCAAAGGGCUGGCGCGGACGCUGGGCACGGCCAUCAGCGAGCGCCCAGACCUGAGGGUCACUGUGUGCCAGGCCCUGCGCACCCUCAUCACCAAGGGCUGUGAGGCGGAGGCUGACCGUGCUGAAGUGAGCCGCUUUGCAAAGAACUUUCUGCCGAUCCUGUUCAACCUGUACGGGCAGCCCGUUGCAGCUGGAGACACCCCAGCCCCUCGCCGGGCCGUGCUGGAAACCAUCAAAACUUACCUCACCAUUACUGAGCCUCAGUUGGCGAAUGGUUUCCUGGAAAAAGCCAGUGAGAAGGUGCUGGACCCUGCUAGCUCUGACUUCACCAGAUUGUCCGUCCUGGACCUGGUCGUGGCCUUGGCUCCCCACGCUGAUGAAGCCGCCAUCAGCCAGCUGUACUCCACCAUCCGGCCCUACCUAGAGAGCAAGGCCCAUGGGGUACAGAAGAAGGCCUACCGCGUGCUGGAGGAGGUGUGCGCCAGCCCCCAGGGCCCUGGCGCCCGCUUCGUGCAGAGCCACCUGGACGACCUGAAGAAGACCCUUCUGGACUCGCUACGGAGCACCUCCUCGCCCGCCAAGAGGCCGCGUUUGAAGUGCCUCAUACAUAUCGUGAGGAAGCUCUCAGCCGAGCACGAGGAGUUCAUCAGUGCCCUCGUCCCGGAGGUGAUCCUCUGCACCAAGGAGGUGUCGGUGGGAGCUCGGAAGAAUGCUUUUGCGCUGCUGGUGGAGAUGGGCCACGCCUUCCUUCGGUUUGGGCCAAACCCGGCAGAGGCCCUGCAGCGCUACCUCGUCCUGAUCUACCCUGGUCUCGUGGGCGCUGUGACCAUGGUCAGCUGCAGUAUCCUGGCCCUGACCCACCUCCUUUUCCAGUUUAAAGGUCUGAUGGGGACCAGCACGAUGGAGCAGCUGCUGGAGAAUGUGUGCCUGCUCCUGGCCUCCCGUACCCGCGAUGUGGUCAGAUCAGCACUGGGCUUCAUCAAGGUGGCAGUGGUCGUCAUGGACGUGGCACAUCUGGCCAAGCACGUGCAGCUGGUGAUGGGAGCCAUCGGGAAGCUCUCGGACGACAUGCGGCGGCACUUCCGCAUGAAGCUUCGGAACCUGUUCACCAAGUUCAUCCGCAAGUUCGGGUUCGAGCUGGUGAGGAAGCUCCUGCCAGAGGAAUACCAGAAAGUCCUGGUAAACAUCCGGAAAGCAGAGGCCCGGGCCAAGAAACACCGGGCCCUGAACCAGGCCGCCGUGGAAGAGGAGGAGGAGGAGGAGGAGGAGGAGCCCGUCCAGGGCAAAGGCGACAGCAUCGAGGAGAUCUUGGCUGACUCAGAGGAUGAGGAGGACGAGGAGGAGGAGAGGAGCCGGGGCAAGGAGCAGCAGAGGCUGGCCCGCCACAGGAGCCGAGCGUGGCUGAAGGAGGGUGGCGGGGACGAGCCCCUCAACUUCUUGGACCCCAAGGUGGCCCAGCGAGUCCUGGCCACCCAGCCUGGGCCGGGUCGGGGCAAGAAGAAGGACCACGGCUUCAAGGUGAGCGCCGACGGCCGGCUGAUCAUCCGUGAGGAGGAGGAUGACAACGCCAAGCUGGAGGAAGAGGAAGGCGCUAAAGGGGAGGAUGAAGAGAUGGCUGACCUGAUGGAAGACGUGGGCGUCAGGAGUAAAAAGCACCAGAAGCUCAAGCAGAAAGAGGCUGACGAUGAGGAGCUGGAGAUGCCCCCUCAGUACCAAGCGGGAGGCUCUGGCAUCCAUCGCCCUGUGGCCAAGAAGGCUACCCCCGGGGCUGAAUACAAGGCCAAGAAAGCAAAGGGUGACGUGAAGAAGAAAGGUCGGCUCGAGCCCUAUGCCUACAUCCCCCUCAGUAAAACCAAGCUCAACCGCAGGAAGAAGGUGAAGCUGCAGGGACAGUUCAAAGGCCUGGUGAGAGCUGCCCAGCGGGGCUCCCAGGUGGGACACAAGCUCCGCAGAAAGGAUCAACGGCCCUGAGCCCCGGGAACCCCCGGGCUGCUCUGUGGUCCAGCUGGAGGCCCCUUUUUAGCCCCCAAGCUGCCGUGACGCCAGCUCCAGAUGCAGCAGUCAGUGAGAGAGCCUGGACUCAGAAUGACUUGUUGGAACCAGGACUGGUUCCCAGAGGUGCCCUGGAUUUUGGAAGCUCCAAAUGGGAGUCACCCUUUAGAGAUGUCCCUGGGGCCUGGAGAUGGGAAUGUGGCCUCAGUGCCUCUGAGUAGGCUAGUGAGGCGGCUGUGCUUUCUAUCCAGAGUGUUUGCGUGCAACAGAAUAGACGGUCUUCCUUUCCUCUAGCUGCCUGUAGCCACGUGGCACUCUGCCUGGCUGCAGUCUGGCUGUGUGAGAUUUGCUGUGAUCAGACAUAGAAUAAAGAUGCAACACCAUGUGUUGUACCUAGAAACACUGUGUUUUAUCACCUGCCCCCCUCAGGUACAAGAACAGUGUCUGGUCAUUGGCAACAGUGGCUUGACCACUUCCUCUCCUGUCCCAUCAUGCUGUCGGGGGCGCGUAGCAUAAUAGCCCUGGGUCAGGCUUUGGAUCUUGCCCUUUGUAUCUUUUUUUUUAACAUCUUUAUUGG